AUGAGCGAUCUAUCGGAUAGCCAAGUGUUCGGCUCAGGAGGGGACGCAUUUGAUGGCGAUCAGGACCACCAGGAAGACAGCUUUAUCCCGACCUCAAUCUCAGAGGAGGAGGUCCCUGCCACAAGGGACGCGGAGUUGGGCCCAUUUUCUUCUACAGAUAUCGAGAGGAUGGUGCAGGAACUCGCUGAACCAGGAACUAUCGAGAUUCGAGAUAGCGAGUCUACAGUGUUAGAGCGUGAUCAUCCCGUCCAUUCCAGGCACACUCCUGAUGUCAAGGUCGAGGAGAUGGAUGAUGAUUCGAUGGCCCCAGUUCGGGAGUCAGACGAGGAAGAAGACGCGGAGGGAAGUGGGACUGAUUCGGUGGACAACACUCAAUUGGAUGAACCCUUUUCGUACGAGGACUUGGUCUCGCGAGUCACCAAAUCAGAUCUUACCACCUUUACGAGGGCGCCUUCAAUGGAAGAAUUCAGCUACUUCUAUGAUAUAAAGAGUGUGGGUCUCCACAAUGGCUUCUACUAUUUUAGUAAGUGGGCCACUUCUGAGAUCAAUGGGGUGGAAGGCAUGGUUUCCAACAUGGGAGAUUGGAAAUCCAAGUGGUUUUAUGUUUUUAAGGUUCCAGGGAUUAGGACUGACUUUAACUGUCGACCUAAUAGACUGACUCGACCUACACUUGACACGACUCUCAGAGAGACGGCUGAAGUUCUUGGAAGCUUUCCUGUGCAAGAUUGCGACUGGCGAUUAUUGUGUACGACCUCAAAGCUGCGAGAACACAAGUUGAUUCCAGAGAACACGAGCCUUCAGAGAGAGCCAGUGUACAAGGAACCAUCUGAGAAACAACAAGAGCGAAUAGACAAAUGCCUCUCCAAGCAAACCUCUCGACCAACAUCAGAGAUGAAUUUUCUGAAGUCCGCACCGGUCCUCAAUCGCAAGCCAAAGACUGGAACAGCGACGACAUCUCCCAUCGUUCCUCAGAAGAGAAAGAGCAAUGUGGUGGUCACCCUUGUCGCGGAUUCCUCUAAGAAGCCAACUAAGGGCACGCAAGACAAGGGGAAGAAAGUUGUGAUCGAUCCGGCUAUCCGAGCUCGCAACAUCUUGAAUCUCCAAGAGAAGUUCGUGGGCGAUGAAUUUAUAUCAAAGGUCAACAAGACCCCUACUGAAGAGCUGGUGCCUCGUUCUGCGGAGUUGGCUUCGCAGUUUAUUGCCAUGUUUUCAAGGGCCUUUGUCACUGGAUCUAAGGAAGUCGAACUUGUGAAGAGACAGAAUGUUCAGCUUCAGGAGGACAUCAAGAAGCUGAAACAAGAUGCAACUUCCAAAGACAAAGAGCACGAGGAACUUCGCAAGGCCAAGAAGCAAGUUGAGCUCGAAGCCAAGAGCGCUCAGAUGAAGGUCGAGGAGAUGUCUCGCGACUUGGAGGUCGAGAAGGAGAAUGGGAAGAAGUAGUAUGACCAGGCGGUCUCCGACUACAUUUACACCACUCUUUCCAAAACUCCAGACUUUGACUUCUCAAUUCUUGGGGCAGAAGCUGCGGAGAUGGCUGAGGCUUUUCGAGCCAUGUCGCCUACGCUGACUCAAGGCGGUGGAGGGAAUCUUUUGUUGGAAAUAUUUUACCAGGAUCUAGAUUUACUACCAAGUAUGUUUCAUUAACAUCCUAAUAGGAAUUCUAAAACA